AUGGAGACUCGAGUUCAGGGAACAAGAAGAGGAGCUCUAAAAAAUACACUAAUGCUAACAAAGACUAUGCAAUCAAAGGUACAAUGUCAUGAAUGUUAUGGAUUUGGACACAUUCGCUUAGAAUGUGAGAAUUACAAAAAGGCCAAAGAAAGAGCUAAAAUUGCGUCCCUGAGUGAGAGUGAGUCAGAGUCAAGUGACUCAUCAGAGAACUCUUCUCCGAAAAGAAGCCUCAACUACAUGACAUUCACUUCUGCUGUUGGUGACAAAAGUCAAUGUAGUGAACAAGUGUUUAAUGAUGAGAGUAUAUCUGGAAAUAAAUCCGGGUAUGAAGAUCAGUUGCAAGAAAUAUACGAGAAGUUGUACAAGGAGUGUGUUAAAUUAAGAAAACUCAACAAAGCAAACAUUGAGAAGAUAGAUUUCUGCAAAUGUGAAAAUGAAAGGCUUCAAGACAAAUUAAAUGAAGCCAUUAGUCUAUCAGAUCAAUUACAAAUGAAGAAUGCAACUCUGGAAGAUAAGUUGAGAACUCAGGAAAGUGAGAUGAUUUUGUUAAAUGAUAGAUUGAAAACCUUUUCUACUGGGAAACAGAAUCUUAAAAAAAUCCUAAUCUUAGGAAAGUCCUUGGGUGACAAGAGUGGUCUGGGAUAUGUCAAAGGGGAAUCUGAUGUGGCUACAACCUCCUAUAAAAAUGUGGGAAGGACUGUGUUUGUUCGUGAAUCAACUGCCAAUAGGAAUGCCGACAUAUCUGAAAGGGAUAAUGAUGAAAAUUGUGUGGUGCAGCGAAUCAAGACAUCUGAUAAUUGUUAUGGCAUCGCUCCUAGCUCACAGUACAAUUGCAAUAGCGCUAAGAGUGAGACUACUGAUCUUUGCCAUCAAAGACUUAGACAUGUGAAUCACAGAAAUCUAUCUAAGAUUGCCAAGAAAGAGAUGGUGGUAGGAUUGCCUGAGCUGGGGAAGAAACCAAAUGUGAAGUAUUUCAGGGUGUUUGGAAGCAAAUGCUAUAUUUUGAGAGAUAAGGAAAACUUGGCUAAGUUUGACCCUAAGAAUGAUGAGGGAAUCUUUCUCGGUUAUUAUAGAAACAGUCGUACUUAUAUGAGUUACAAUCUACGCACCCAAACUGUUAUGGAAUCAAUAAAUGUGGUGGUGGAUGAUACUCCUAGAGAGGAAUUGAACAGCGAAGAACAAGUUCACACAUCAAGUGAAACUGAAAAAUUGGGUGUUGAUGAGCACAAUGAAAACUUAGAGACAUUUCCUAGUGAAAAGAUUUUCAAGAAUAAGUCGGACGAGAAUGAUACGAUUGUGCGAAAUAAGGCAAAACUAGUUGCUCAAGGGUAUGCCCAGAUGGAAGGAUUAGAUUUUGAUGAGACAUUUACACCAGUUGCCAGACUUGAAUCAAUCUGGAUAUUGUUGAGCAUUGCUUGCCAGACUUCCUCCUUACCAAGCUUCAACGUUUUUGCUUCCCUACAAACACUCAAGGUCCUUGCCAUUAUAAUUGAAGCUGGCCUGUGCUUUGACAAGUACUGCAUUGACUAA